AUGCGGGCGCUGUUCCCCUACAGAUCACACCAUAGUUCUCGCCUGGACAGUAUAACUCCAGCUCCGGAUAUCCCGUGGAGCCUGGUCGGUUCAGCAAAUGAAGGCCUACAAGACCAGCUAGAGCAUUUAUACUGGGAAGGCAUAAAAGGAGAGCUUGAGAAUAUCAUUCGCACAUUGAAAGCAUGGGAACAGCCAGGGCUCACGUCUGUUACUAUCGAGGACGAGCAGGAUGACCACAUCCACGGGUUCGACACCUUCAUCAGUCAAGUUAGUCAAGAGUCUCGAGCGUUUGCCAUCCGAUACGGAAAGAAAAGGGAAGAGUGGGAGGAUGCGAGGAAGAACAAGCUACUCCCACCAAAAGCGUCCUACAAAGAUACCCUCAUUAAUCAAUAUUUGGACCAAAUGGCAGAGUAUAAUAUCACCGAACUUAAGUUUGGAGUGAGACAGGCAAUAGAGGUGUCAUCUGCGAACAGUGCUACUGGCUUCACUUUUACGGAAAUGAGCGUUAUCAAAGGUGAGAAUCACCUCAGCACUGGCGGAUUUGGAAGUAUCCAGUGCGGCAUCUUGAAACUGGGUGAACAUGUAGCUCUCGCAAAGUACAAGGGGUUGCAAACUAUUGUUGGGCUAAAGGCCAACAAAAACCGCCCUGCCACAAUCUCAGGAGUAAAAGCGACACCGAAUGAGGAUAACACGAAACCUAAGAAAAUACCUGGAUGGAGACCAGGCAAACUGAUGACCGUCGCCGACAAAAGCCUCCACGACUCCGCAACUCGAAGUCCUUCAGAGAGUUCUACAAGUGUUGCGACAGAGGCCCAGGCAGAUGGGGACAUACCCCUAUUUUUCAGGAAAUUCACCGAGAAGUAUCCUUUUGGAAAUGUCCAUAUGGCCCUUCGAGUCGGGCCUCUGGUCAUCGAAAACGGCGUCUCUCAUGCGAAACGGGGGGCCUUGGUCACUGUUAGGGAGACUCCCGUUUUCCACCAACGCUUUGAUUUGGUUAACUCCUGCGACCGAUGCUUCUCAGUAAGCGAAGGGAACUCUGGCAGAUUACUGUGGCAGCAGAAGACCCGACCGAGGGGACUUUCCAAACGAUUCAAGGCUAUCAUGAAACAAGUAGUCGGCGUUCCGUUUUCGGGCAUCCUAGACAACGAAUCUCUUGAGAGCCAGAUUGUUGAGGACAUUGUGGUAGCAAGCAAACUGCCGUUUGACGACCCAGGGCUUUCAGGCGCAGAUCAACGUAGCCUGUUAGACUCUGCAAUCGGCCCACUGCUUGCAAAACUCCAAUCUUUGAUGGGGUGGAGAGUGAAAGUCUAUAUAGAGAGUAUAUCUAAUCGGCUCCUGGAUCUCAAGACUAACAUCUCCUGGAGUCUCACAGGUAAUAACUGCCAAAGCUUUUGCAACGCAAUUCUUGAACCAGACUUAUUCGAACCUCUUCUCAACGGUCCUGAAAGGAAGAGCGGCCCAUACGGCGAGCCGCUGUAUCUUAUGAGUUUCGUAUGCCCGCAGGAUGGAUAUCAAAAGCGCAAAGUCCGCACCAAGUUCGACGUGCCUAUCGGCCUGACUGAGGAGUACCUCCUGAAGUUUCACUUCGGUCGCCACGAUGAAGCGGACAUCAUCGAUACCCUACUGGAAUACUGGUAUGACUGGGGCGCGUUCGCAGCGCCGCUAUACAAGUACCAGGAUCUCUUCCCUUGGGAUUGCACGGAGGCAUAUGGGAAGUAUCCAACAAGGUGCGGGGAUUGCAACCUUGCAAAGCAUGUCUGGGCAUUUCCUUUCGACUCAUGGUCCAUGGUUGCGCUGCACUUAGCCCGAGACCAGCAUUUGUACGCGCCAGACCUUUCAAAGGCAGCCGAGACAAAGCCCAAACCCGCGGCCUGGAUGGAGAACCGUCUGUUAGUUCUCACUGCUUCGUACCUCCUAACGCGUGCCGCAGUAGCCAUGGCAAAGACACCGAAAUUCUGUUCCGCAACGUCGUGGCUACAUUCGAAGAAGAGAGGUCUGCGAGCUGAGGAUCCGUCGCUUUCGCGGGUAAAGCUCGGCGGCAUCCAUCGCGCUCAGCCAUUCAGCCACUACUUCGAGGCUGGGACGUAUAGUCAUUACUUCAUUGCCGAGUGGGCUCUCCUAUCGCGAAGGGACCAAAUCGAGGCAUAUGAACUGAUGCGGGAUGGCCGCAUCAAACUCCUCGACGUACCUUACGCCUUCAGCUCUCGGAGCAGAUUCGAGCACACAAGCGAUGGCUCCUCGAAUUUCUCCGGUUUUGACGGGAUUGGCUCUGGGAUUGACGCUGCAGGGCCGACUCACUCAGGAUUAAGCAGCUUUGAAGACGGGCCGACGCAUUAUGACGCCGGGUUGAGUGUCUAUAGUCCGUCACCGGAUGCCGCUGCGUGCGGUGAAGGGGUUCUUGCGGGGGUGCAGCUUGUGGGGGAGGUGGUGGAAGUUGUGGAGGUGGAAGUUGUGGAGGUGGAAGUUGUGGAGGUGGAAGUUGUGGAGGCGGCGGAGGUUGUGGAGGCGGAGGCGGCGGAGGCGGCGGCGGAGGCUGCGGAGGGGAUUAAAUCCGAAGAGAAGGAUGGUGAAUGA